AUGGGCAGAUUUUGUAAGGGUGCACAAAUUGAAGCAUGGCGAUUAUUUGCUAUUUCUUUUGGUGGUGAUGAAAGCGAUGAUGAUAAACGUCACAAAACGAAGAACAAACGAAGAGAAGCUGCUUCAUUCCACAAGUCCAACUCUCCACAUUUCAGGAAAACAAGAAACUCCUCAGGUACUGAUCAAGCUGUGAAAACCAGAGAGAUGCGAACUGAAGAUGCUACUAAAAACGAUGGCCGUUUUGAUUCAAGAGCCAAGAAUCCCUACUUCAUAGUCAAGGUGAAGUCACACCACAGAUCAUUCAUGGUCAUUCCAAGGCAAUUUGCAAAGAAAACAAAACUAGACGAAGUUCAUGAUGUGGUACUUCGUCAUGAAGAAGAUAAGAAAGCUUGGCCAGCAAAGAUUGUUGCGAGAACCUAUGGUAGAAUAGAUCUUGCGGAUGGAUGGUCUAAAUUCUGCAAGAAUUAUGAAGUGAAGGUCGGAGAAACUUGGCGGUUCACCUUAUACAAGAGGGGUGGGAAUUUCAUCAUUAAUUUUGGAAUUGUUAAACCAAUUUCUAACUAG